CAUGCACACAAUCACACAAUCACUUCUACACACUCACUCUCAGUCCUGUAAGUCGCUCAAGUCAGUGCUCCUUCCUGUUUUACACUAGUACGUCUUCUCUCGUGCCGUGUUUGCAUAGACUGGGCUGAGGAGGAAGUCCAGAAAAAAGUUUGCCCAGGAAGAGGCACAAUACUCUUAGAGAGGAAGAGAGGACCCACAAGGAGAUUUUACAAGGACUUUCAGGAGGUUUUUGUAGGUGUUGUGACAUUUGUCCCCAUGCGUGUCUGCCAGACGCCAUGGGGGCUGUGAGGGGUGUUGUUGGGGUUGAAAGCAGAAAAGUACUUUUGAAAGGGGAGGUCUGACACACUCUUUGAAAGCCAACUCGGUGUUUGAGUGUAAGAGAUCCAACCAGACAAACCAGAUUCCUUCUGAUGGAUUUUAGAGGGAAACCCUACCCUGAAGCCUUAGAGACUGCUGAGGAAUAGACGUCACACACAAACACUCUCUCACACUAAUGAGUGGGAGAAGAGGCUAGAAGGAAGAUGGAAGCACUGAGAGAGUCUUUUCUGCAUUUGACUUUUCAGAUGUCAACGUAUAAGAGAGCUACGCUGGAUGAGGAGGACCUGGUGGACUCCACCAGUGACGACAUCUACCCAUCAUCACCCAUGCAGGUGACCCUUAUGCAAGGCCGUGGUCCAACAUGUUGGCCAGACAGGACACAGAGAGAGAGGAGGCUGCUGAUUUUACUGUGUGUUGUGUCUGUGGGCCUGUUCAUAUCUCUCAUCACAAACGGGGUCUUCUACAAACAGAAUGGUGAAAGUCGUUACUGUAAGUCGAGUAUUAGAGCUCACCCGGGCUUGUGCCUAACAGAGCCAUGCAUUACUGUGGCCAGUGCGAUCAUGGGAGCCCUGGACCGAUCCGUCGACCCCUGCCAUGACUUCUACAACUUUGCCUGUGGGGGCUGGAUGAAGAACAACCCCCUCCCUGAGGGCAAGUCCCGCUGGGAACCUUUCAGCAACCUCUGGGAGCACAACAUGCUUGUAAUGAAGCAUUUAUUAGAAAACACAACGAUGAAAGGUUUGAGUAAGGCUGAGGAAAAGGCCCAGCGAUAUUAUCAGGCCUGCAUGAAUGAGCCCAAGAUUGAGGAAUUAGGAGCUAAGCCACUGCAGGAGCUAAUCAGCCAGAUAGGAGGAUGGGCCCUGACCGGACCCUGGGACAAGGACAACUUCCAGGAAGUUUUGCGUAUGGUGUCAGCCAACUAUCGCACCUCGCCUUUCUUCACUGUGUUUGUCAGCACUGACUCCAAAAACUCCAACAGUAACAUCAUCCAGGUGGAUCAGUCCAGCCUGGGACUGCCUUCGCGGGAUUACUACCUCAACAAAACAGCAAAUGAAAAGUAUCUGACGGCAUACCUCAACUUCCUGACGGAGUUAGGGGUUCUCCUGGGUGGCUCCAAGGAGACGUCUCGGACGCUGAUGGAGGAGAUUGUGGACUUUGAAACCACCCUGGCCAACAUCACAGUCCCUCAGGAGGAGAGGAGAGAUGAGGAGCUCAUCUACCAUAAGAUGGAGGCCAAGGAUCUGACAACUCUGGUUCCUGCAGUGGACUGGAUGCCAUACCUCACAGUUGUGUUUGCUCCCGUACAGCUCAACGAGUCAGAGCCGGUGGUUGUUUAUGCCAAAGAAUACCUCCAGAAAGUUUCUGACCUCAUAACUAAAACAAAUAAAAGCCUACUCAACAACUACAUGAUAAUGAAGGUGGUGAGGAAGAUGGUGUCCAUUUUGGACCAACGGUUCCAGAAUGCCGAGCAGCGCUUCUUUGAGGUCAUGUACGGAACCAAGAAGAGCUGCACUCCACGCUGGAAGCUGUGCGUCAGCGACACAGACAGCGCCCUGGGCUUUGCUCUUGGAGCCAUGUUUGUCAAAGCCACCUUUGCUGAGGACAGCAAGGCCAUUGCUGAAGAUAUGGUUGCAGAAAUUAAAUGGGCAUUUGAGGACAGCCUGAAGUAUGUGAGCUGGAUGGACUCAGAGACAAAAAAAGCAGCAAAAGAAAAGGCAGAUGCAAUAUACAACAUGGUCGGAUAUCCAGUGUUCAUCAUGAACAGCACAAAGCUGGACAAAGUGUUCAAUGAUUUUGAGGUGGUAUCAGAACUUUACUUCCAAAAUGUCAUGCAGUACUACAGCUUCUCAGCCAGAGUGACUGCGGACCAGCUGAGGAAAACUCCCAACAGAAACCAGUGGAGCAUGACCCCUCCAACCGUGAAUGCAUAUUACAACCCAACCAAGAAUGAGAUGGUUCUGCCAGCGGGAAUUCUUCAGGCUCCAUUUUAUAGUCGUUCCUGGCCUAAAGCUCUUAACUUUGGUGGAAUUGGAGUAGUCAUGGGCCAUGAACUGACUCAUGCUUUUGAUGACCAAGGGAGGGAAUACGACAAGGAUGGAAACCUGCGUCCGUGGUGGAAGAACUCUUCUGUGGAGGCCUUCAAGAAGCAGGCCCAGUGCAUGGUGGAGCAGUACGGAAAUUACAGCAUCAACAAGGAGCCACUGAAUGGAAGACACACCCUGGGAGAGAACAUUGCUGACAACGGUGGACUCAAGGCCGCCUACAAGGCUUAUGUGGACUGGAUCAAAAAGAACGGCGAGGAGGCCAUACUGCCUGCACUGGGAAUGACGAACCAUCAGCUGUUUUUUGUAGGAUUUGCCCAGGUAUGGUGUUCUGUCAGGACACCCGAAAGCUCACAUGAGGGCGUAAUCACAGAUCCUCACAGUCCGUCAAGAUAUAGAGUUAUCGGCACCAUCUCCAACUCACGUGAAUUCUCAGAGCACUUUGGCUGCAAAGUGGAUGCUCCCAUGAACCCUAAACAUAAGUGUGAGCUUUGGUGAUGCCUCAUUGCUCAGUGCUGUUCAGUGCUGUAUCAGCAAGGAGUGAAAUGGACGUUGGGGAAAAUAGCUUGAGAUACUGACAAAGUCUCUCUGGAUGGGGAACGCAAGAACCACUGAAACUCCUACUGCCUUGCCACUUGAUGCUUAUAGGACAAAAUGUGCCUGCUCCUGACGGAGGACUGCAAUCUUCAGUGCUUCUCCACAAGGACUGUUGAUUUAGCAAACAAGCUUUCCCCAACUUCUGAAGUUAAAUGUAGCUAUAAAUGUGCUUUUUAAACACUGGAAACCCAACAAAUGGUUGCAAAAAAUGGGGGAACCACUCUCAAAUUUUGUAAACUGCUUGUUUGUCAGAUAAAGUGAUAAAUAAGCAAUGUGACGUUUCUUUUUCUUGUAACUCUUCACUGUGCUUGGAUCUGCUCCAGUUUACUUUUAUUGUUUUUUAUUUAUGGUCACAAUUUUUUAUUUGAUAAUUAGCCAGGGACCUGCAAGAUUUUUAACCUGAUGGAAGAUGAAAAUUUGGGUAAUGUGGACAAUUUUAAAGCCGUUUAUUAAGAUUUUUUUUAUAUAUAUAUAUAUAUAUUUGUCUUUGAACCGUUGCAAUUUUCAGAAACAUUUGGUGUACAAUCUGGUCAAACUGUUAUAUUUUAUAGAUGUAUUGACGUUAUAUUUGUGUUUUAAAAAUAUUUUUUUAACCUGAGGUCAAGAUAGCAGCGUCCCAUUGCUGGCAUUUCUCUUCUGUAAUGGAAGACCAAUAGAAAUCAAAAACAAAAUGAAGGAAUUAAGAAAUUCAGAGCAAUAAAUUGAAGCAUCACCUAUUUUUUCAUUCAGAACUUGGUCAUAUAGGCUAAGCUAUGAUGUGUCAUACCUAUUUUUAUGAGUAAGAGUUUGUCACAAAUUAUUUUGUAUAGUAAAACCAGUUUUAAAACA